AUGGAUCAAGAUACAAAGGAAACAAUUACUAAAUAUCUUGAAGAAAAUAUAUCCAAUAUACAAUUCAAAACUUUAAGACCUGAUGAAGUUGAAGCAAGCGAUGAUGAAAAAAUUGAAAUAAUGCGCAAAACUUUGGAAGAUCCUGCUUUGUUUCUUUCGAAAUGGGGAAAAUAUUUGCCGGCAGAUUUAUUAUCAAAGUUUGAGACCUUUAGAAAUGAUUAUGAAGUGAAUUGGUAUUUAAGCCAAUUAGAAAAUGAUCAGAGACAAGAACAAAUAUUACUAGCUUCAAAAAAUCUUGAGCCUAAAAAUCGUCGUAACAAAAAAAUACUUAAUCGUCGAUAUCAGUAUCUGAUUAAAAAUCUUGAUAAUACAGAAUAUUUUAGUGAUGAGUCAAUAGAAUCGAGAGAACCAUUACUAUAUGAAGAUUAUGUUGGGAAAUAUAUACCAAAUGAUGAAAGAUAUCCACCUUUUGAUCAAAAUAUUAGUUUAGUAGAUAGAAUGCUAUAUAAUAUUGAUCUAAGUUAUAUACAAAAUAGAUUAAUUGAAGAAAAAAUAAUACAAGAAGAGCACCAAGAAAAUCUUGACCAAAAAAUUAUAGAUAAUACUAAUGAUAAUGAUGGUGGUACAAUUCUAAAUGCUACAGAAACUAUAACUGUCAAUAAUACUACCGUCUCUACAAUUACAGAGACAGCAAACAUAGUGCCUGACCAACAAAUCAUAAUAUCAGACGAAGAAAGACAACAACUCAGAAACGAACUUGUGGAUAUAAUGAGAAACAAAUUCUUAAGUGGAAAUGAUCCUGAUUUUGACUACAAUAGCGUGGACUUUAAUGAAGAGUAUGAUGAUAUAAAAGCUGAAGAACAAGGAAUCCAAGAUCAAUAUUUUGAUACAGAAGAGCCUGAUGAAAAACAAGUUAGUACUGAUACUGGUGUUUUGGAUUAUUAA